AAGCGCCAAACUCUGUUUUCGUCAGUUUCAUUAUAUUUAUAUUAACGUCUGAUUAAUUUAAAUAUAAAUAAUGUAAAGCUCAUUCAUUCGGAGAAUAUGCUUUCCUCAAGGAUAUUUUAUAUUUAAGAUUUAAUUUGAAAUCUCUAAUUAAGGAACACUAAACUGUGCGGUUAGCCUUUUAAGUGAUGCCUAAGCCCAAGCUCACACAUACCCUCUCUCUUUUUCAUUUUUUUUUCCCAUCAUCCAACGGCUGAAAAUCAAUCUCAGCCACCUCCUCCUUUCUCCACCGUUUGAUCUACUUUCAUUACUUAAAUACCCCUCCACCCCAACCCCAUGUUUUUAUUGUUGAAUUUUAAGUUGCUGUUAGUUUAGGUUAGGCCUUCCUUCUUCCCUUUCCAACCCCGUUUUUCUCUCUCUAAAAUUUCUCUCCCCACCCCGAAUUCUUGAUACUUCAUAUCAUUACAAGAAUCAAUCCAAGAACCUUUUUUUGGUCUAACUUAUUCACAUUGAGUUCUUCAAUUUCUUUGGUUUUUUGGAUAAGGUCUUAUCUAAGCAAGUUGCAAAAAGUCAAAUAAUGACAAUGCUGGUUCCACCGUGGUUAGAGCCUCUAUUGAACACCGAUUUUUUUUCAAUUUGCCGAACUCACGGUGAUGCAGCGCGGAGUGAAUGCAAUAUGUACUGCUUGGACUGUAAUGACAAUGCCUUCUGCUUCUAUUGCCGCUCAUCUAAACAUAAAGACCAUCAAGUCAUUCAGAUAAGGAGAUCAUCAUAUCAUGAUGUGGUAAGAGUUUCAGAGAUUCAAAAGGUAUUGGAUAUAAGUGGAGUACAAACAUAUGUAAUCAACAGUGCAAGAGUUUUGUUUCUAAAUGAAAGGCCACAACCAAAGAGUAGUGGCAAAGCAAGUUCUCAUGUUUGUGAAAUAUGUGGAAGAAGCCUUUUGGACACUUUUCGUUUCUGUUCUCUUGGAUGUAAGCUUGUAGGAAUAAAGAGGAAUGGAGAUGCAAGCUUUAUCUUAGAUGCCAAGAAUGAAGUAAUAGCAUUGCAAAGAGGUGAAGGCAUAUCAUCAAGAGGAGGAAAUCAAUUGCGUGAAGGCUUAGAACAUGACAUAUACCCAACCACCCCUCCUCCACCCCCUUCAAAUGCUAGAAGAAGAAAAGGGAUUCCUCAUAGAGCACCUCUUGGCUCUUAACAAAACAAUAAUUUAUUAACCAAAAAAUAAUACAUUUAAAAAAUUACUUUAUACAGCUCAUUAUUGUAAGGUCACAUACACAAGGAGGGGUUGUAAAGGUUGAUGAAGUUUCUUUUGAGGAUGGUGGGGUCUUUGAAAGGAAGCCAAAAAACAACAAAGAAUUCUCUUGUGGGAGAGAGAAAGAGAACAAUAAUGCACAAUUUGUUAUAUCAGAAAGUUGGAAGAUUAUUGUACAUUGUAAUUAAUUUAAUUAUUAAGAAAUUAAAAAGGUAAAGUGUUUGUUAAAGUUCAUUUUACACUAGUUUCAUUGGCCCACUAACCCACAUGGGCCGUUUAAUAAAGUGCCAACCUUUUUAUUUGUUUUAACUAAAAAUUACAUAAAUUUUUUAUAUAAAUACACAACUUAUGUUUCUAAUAUUAUAAAAAAGCCUCAACUCUCUAAACAUAUUACAAAAAUCACAACAUAUACACAAAAUGUUAUGUAUCUAUUGGCUAUGUUAUGUAUAUUAAUAGAGAGAGAGUAAAGUAAUUAAGAAAGUGGGAUAGAAUGUAAUUCCAAAAGGAUUGAUAUUUAUGUUAUUUAUACUUGUUUUAAUACAUGCAAAUCAACUUUCUUAUCAUUCUACCUAGUUUUGUCUUGUGAACAAUAUUUCUAAAAAUUAUACAAGUACACAAUUUAUGUUUUCAAUAUUAUAAAAAAUUUCAACUCCCUAAACAUAUUACAAAAAAGGUUGAUAUUUAUGUUAUUUAUACAUAAUAUUUUGUAGAAAAAACAUCAUCCACUAAUCACUUUUUAGCUCUGUCGUGAAAAAUAGCUAUUAUCUUAAAGUUUCAAAUUUCACAAGUGAUUUGAUUGCAAAAUCUGAAACUCCAAAACAACAUUCUAUUUUUUUUUUUUUGGAAAUAAACUCGUUUAUUAUCAGUAAUUAUUACAAAGCAGAAAUUAAAAAAAAAAAAAAAAAAAAAAAAAAAUUAACAUCCCCAAUCCUGCUAAACAAAGAUUAAGCUACCUCAGCUAAAAACACCGCCUAUCCUCUACCAAACACAUCAACCAAAACCUAGGAAUAAUAGUUUAAAUUGUCCAAAACCUUGGCUAGUACCCUUUCCCACUCCUCAACAAUGCACCUCCUGUACGAUUCUUCUAAUGAGAAUAUUUGUGCUACGUAUAGUAUAUACCUUGAAAUAUUCUAUCAUUUCUCUCUUACCACACGUUGUAAACUCCAACAGUCAGGAUCAUUCGAAACACUUAUGCCUUCGCCUUUUUGCCUUUGUACUGCAAAAGUAAUUCACUCAAGCUCAGUUCGUCAUUUCCAAGUCGAUCGUCUCACCUGUUGCCAUAGCAAUAAAGCUUGCUACACCUUUUUCAGAGUAGGGAUAGCUGAAGAACAAGUGACUGAUAGACUCCAUAGAUCCAUCAUAUAGCACACACUCAGUUUAAGCCACGCAACCCCACUUAGCCAAUCUUUUCCUUGUAAGCAGUCUACCCCAUACUGUCAAGUAUGAAAUAAACGUCCACCUCGGAGCAGCUGCAUUUUUAUAUAUAUCAUUUUUUGCUAAGCCACCUUUGAGAAUGCACCACGCAUCUGCAGCCGCCGCAUAAAGAUGAAAGCUCUAUUGGUACUUCAAGACUCGUCAUCAAAUCUACACAGGGACAUUUGUAGACACCUAAAAUUUAUGGGACCCUUCAAGAAGAAUCCAAAUUCUGUUAGAGUUCUAAGAGGCUACUUUACCCUAAAUCCCGCCUAUUUAAAGGGUAACAUAUUCCCUGAAAGAGACAUCUUGAAUAUCCCAUAAGCUGAUGGGUAUUCAUAAAAAGAUCGGAUCUCCAAUAUCUCACAAAAAAUCAUGGAAUAUUCAUAAAAAGAUCAUCCUAUAUUCGAGAAUAAGCCACUAACGGCCCUCAAAUUACGGAAAAAAUCAAGAGAGAAGAAUCAAGGGAGGAAUAGAUUUGUAACCACAAUCGUUUAUCAAUACAAAUUUCUUAUUUCUUCA